GCGGCGCUGGGCAUCACCGUCUCCGGCUCCGUCUCGCUCGCUCGCGCAGCGGCGGCAGCAGCAGAGGUCGCGACGCACAGAUGCGGGUUCGACCGGCGUGGGGAGGAGGCGGCGGCGGCGGUGGAGGGGAGGAAGCUGCAUGCAUGAGACCUACAGACUCUUGCAAGCCGGAUGCCCUCUGUGGAUGAAAGAUGUAUCAUGGAAUGAACCCGAGCCAUGGAGAUGGGUUUCUAGAGCAGCAGCAGCCUCCGUCCCCCCAGAGACUCGUGGCCGUGAUCCUCUGGUUUCAGCUGGCGUUGUGCUUCGGCCCUGCACAGCUCACGGGCGGGUUUGAUGACCUUCAGGUGUGUGCAGAUCCAGGCAUCCCCGAGAAUGGCAUUCGCACUCCCAGUGCAGGGGUGUUCUUUGAAAGCUCGGUCACUCGAUUUCAUUGCCAGGAUGGAUUUAAGCUGAGGGGAUCGACCAAGAGACUGUGUAUGAAACAUCUCAAUGGCAGCCUAGGCUGGAUCCCGAAUGAGAAGCCCAUCUGUGUGCAAGAAGAUUGCCGUAUUCCUCAGAUCGAAGAUGCUGAGAUUCAUAACAAGACAUACAGACAUGGAGAUAAGUUAAUCAUCACUUGUCAUGAAGGGUUCAAGAUCCGAUAUCCUGACUUAUACAACUUGGUCUCAUCAUGUCGUGAUGAUGGGACAUGGGACAACUUGCCCAUCUGUCAAGGUUGCCUGAGACCCCUGGCCUCUUCUAAUGGCUAUGUCAACAUCUCAGAGUACCAGACCUCCUUCGCGGUGGGAACUGUCAUCUCCUACCACUGCUUUCCUGGAUUUAAACUCGAGGGGUCAGAAUACCUUGAAUGCUUGCACAACCUUAUCUGGUCAUCCAGUCCACCCCGGUGCCUUGCUCUGGAAGGUAACACAUCUCAUUCUUUUGGAAGUUGACUUUAAGAUGAUUAA